UUCUUAAAUAUUUUGACAUGUAUUACAAAAACAUGCCAUAUUUUCCCUAGCACGUGUAAUUUUUUUGAAUUCAGUAAUCCCUGAAAUAAAAUUUUCAAAAUGAAUAAAAAGAAGACCCUCUUCGAUAAUGAACCAGAUGAAGAUAAGCCAAAUAUACAAUUAAAUUCAGAUUAUGCAAAAAAUUAUGAAACUUGGAGACGAAAAGAAGAACUAAAUAAAACUAAAGCUCGUUAUGGAGAUGUAAUUAACGAUGAAGAAUCUUCAGACUCCUCAUCAGACGACGAAGUGAAUGAUUUGGAAGUUGGCGUUUUAGAUACAAACUUUUUACAAACAUUAUCAUGCUUAAAAAGUAACGAUCCACGUAUUUAUGAUCAAAAUGUUAAGUUUUUUAACGAUGAUGAUAUCGCCAAGCCGAGUACGUCGAAAAUAUCAAAAAAAGAAAAGCCAAUGACUUUACGUGAUUAUGAACGAAAAUUAAUAUUAGAAAAAGGUGGACAGGUUGAAGAUACUGAUGAUGAAAAUUUUGAAGAAGAUCCUAGAGCAAAUUCACCAACUUACGUUGAACAACAGAAACAACUGAAAGAAAGUUUUAAAAAAGCAUUACAGGAGGCGGACAGUGAUCAAGAAGAAAAUUGGGGAGGAAUAUUUAAGAAAAAAGAAAAAUCCAAAGAGCAAAUACAAAAAGAAGAUAAUGAUUACGUUCAAUGGUUAAAAGGGCAAAAAGAAUCCUUACCAGAUGAUAAAAUUGAAACAGAGCUAAAACCACUCAAAGAUUAUUGGCAUAAUCCAAAAUUGGAUUCGGGUGAAAAAUUCUUACGUGAUUAUAUAUUGAAUAAGAAAUUUUUGGAGAAUGAUGAUGAAAAUUAUAUACCAUCGUAUGAAGAAAUCGUUCAUGAUUCCGACGAUGGUCUAUCCGAAGAUGGUGAAGCGAUUCGUGAACAAGAAGAGUUCGAAACGAAAUAUAAUUAUCGAUUCGAAGAACCUGAUCAAGAAUUUAUUAAACGUUACCCUAGAACAAUGGAAAAUUCCAUGCGAAAAAAAGAUGAUCGUCGUAAACAAAAACGUGCUGAAGUUCGUGAACGAAAAGAACGUGAAAAAUUACAGAAGAAAGAAGAAUUGCAGCGUAUGAAAGCGAUGAAACGUAAAGAAAUCGAAGAGAAAAUAGAAAAGUUGAAAGAAAUCACUGGAAAUACUGAAGUAGGAUUUAACGAUCAAGACGUAGACGGAGAUUUUGAUCCAGAGGAGCAUGAUCGUCGAAUGCAACAAUUAUUUAACGAUGAAUUUUAUGGUGGCGAAGAAGGAGAACAAAAACCUGAAUUCCCCGAUUUAGAUGAAGAGCUAGAAAUUGAAAAUUGGGAUAAAUGGAAAGGUGAUGAUAAUAUCCCCGAUUCUGGACCACAUUGUGAAGACGAGGACUUCAAUAUGGACUGUGAUUAUGAUCCAACGACGGCACAUCAAAAUGAAAUGUUAGAAAAUAGUAAAAAACGUAAACGAAAACGUCGAUCCAAAUUUGCUGAAAUCGUUUCCGAAAAAAAACCAAUUUUUGAUCCAAAUAAUAAAACUUAUGAGGAAUACUUGGAUGAAUAUUAUAAAUUAGAUUACGAGGAUAUAAUUGGUGAUAUUCCAUGUCGAUUUAAAUAUCGUAAAGUUGUCCCAAACGAUUUUGGAUUAACAGUUGAAGAAAUUCUGGCAGCGAAAGAUAAAGAAUUAAAUCGAUGGUGUUCGUUAAAAAAAGCUGUACAAAUUCGACCAGAACAUGUUGAAAAAUAUGACGUUUUGGCAUAUCAACAAAAGGGGAAAAAUGAAAUGUUAAAAAAGAAAAUUUUCCAUAGUUUAUACAACCCUGUCGAAGAGGAAAAUUUUGAAAAUCCCAAAAUUAAAAAUAAAACAGUACGACGUAAUUUUGAUAAACAAAAUGGAGAAUCGGAAGAAGGCAAUAAUAAUGUUUUAGAAAAUUCGAAAAAAGAAACAAUUAAUGAGAGUAAUGAUACUGCUGAAAAAAAUAAAGAAAAUACAACGGAAAGUCCUGUAAAUAAAAAGAAAAAAAUCAAGAAAAAACAGAAAUAUUCAGAAAAUAAUAUUCUAGAAAUAAAUAAUGAUCAAUCGAUCGAAAAUUCUGUAAAUAUUUCGGAAAAAACGAACGUGUCUGAAGUUUCCCCAAAGAAAAAAGCAAAGAAACGUAAAAAUUCAGAAAAUGUAAAUAAUAGUGUUUCAGAAAACAAUGAAAUUGUAACAAAUUCUGUAAAUAAUUUGAAAAAAGGUAAAAAACGUAAAAAUACAGAAACAUCGAUAAAUGGUGAUAUAAAUAAAAAGUCAAAGAAGAAACGGAAAUUACAACAACAAGCGGAAGAAAGUGAUCCAAAUUCAAAGAAAAAGAGGAAAAAUAAAUUGAAUAAGAAAAAUAAACAAUUAAACAUAGGAAUAUCCGAUGAACGGCUUAAGGCGUUUGGAAUCAAUCCCAAGAAAUUUAAAAAUAAGUUAAAAUACGGUGGCGAUAAAAAAACAAAUCAAAAUGUAUGAAAAAAUUUUUAUUGU